UCAAUAACAGGCCGAGGCAGCCGUUCAGGGGCCAGAGGGGAGGUAGAGGUUCCCACAGGGCUGAGGUCACCAGGGGUGGGGCUUGGUGACCGGGUUGCGUUUGAGCUGCCUCUUGAAGAGCAGGCCUUUGGAAGAGAAGACCCUCCUCUGCACCCCAGGCUUGCCCCUAGAGUGGCCUGGGUUUGGUCAGGAAGGUGGCCGAAGCCUCGCUGCCACCCCCGACCCGCGGCUGCCCACCGCCCCCGGGCCAGAGCCAUGGAAAAGUUCCGUGUGCUUUUCCAGCACUUCCAGUCCAGCUCGGAGUCAGUGAUGAAUGGCAUCUGCCUGCUGCUGGCCGCGGUCACCAUCAAGCUGUACUCCUCCUUCGACUUCAAUUGCCCCUGCCUGGCGCGCUACAAUGCCCUCUAUGGCCUGGGCCUGCUGCUGACACCCCCACUUGCCCUUUUCCUCUGUGGCCUCCUUGCCAACCGGCAGUCCGUGCUGAUGGUUGAGGAGUGGCGCCGGCCCGUGGGGCACCGGAGGAAGGACCCUGGCAUCAUCAGGUAUAUGUGCUCCUCUGUGCUGCAGCGAGCACUGGCUGCCCCCCUUGUCUGGAUCCUCCUGGCCCUCCUCGACGGGAAGUGCUUCGUGUGUGCCUUCAGCAGCUCCGUGGACCCCGAAAAGUUUCUGGACUUUGCCAACAUGACCCCCAGCCAGGUGCAGCUUUUCCUGGCCAAGGUGCCCUGCAAGGAGGAUGAGCUGGUCAGGGACAGCCCCGCGAGAAAGGCAGUGUCUCGCUACCUACGAUGCCUGUCACAGGCCAUCGGCUGGAGUAUCACCCUGCUACUGAUCAUCCUGGCUUUCCUGGGCCGCUGCCUGAGGCCCUGCUUCGACCAGACGGUCUUCCUGCAGCGCAGAUACUGGAGCAACUACGUGGACCUGGAGCAGAAGCUCUUCGACGAGACGUGCUGUGAGCAUGCGCGGGACUUCGCGCACCGCUGCGUGCUGCAUUUCUUUGCCAACAUGCAGAGCGAGAUGCGGGCACGGGGGCUGCGCCGGGACACCGCGGACAGGGACCCCGAGCCCCCCGUGACGCCCGGGCCCCAAGAUGGCCUGGACGGCGGCGGAAGCGGGAAGGCCCACCUGCGUGCCGUUUGCAGCCGGGAGCAGGUGGACCGCCUCCUGAGCACCUGGUACUCCAGCAAACCGCCACUCGACCUCCUGGCAUCCCCUGGGAUCUGGGGGGGGAGGGGAGGGCUCAACCACCGCGCCCUCACGGUGGCCCCAGGCAACAGGCUGUCCCAGCACACCGACGUGUAGGGACCCCAGCAGUGUCCCCUCGUGGAGUGCCCGCACUGAAAACGGUCUGGGGGAUUUCCAGGCGGUGCUGACCCCAAGGCAGGGCAACCUAACCCUUGCUGGCCUCCUUCCCCCAAACAGCCCAAUCUCUGGCCUAGUUUCAGGGUGUGGCCUCCUGUGUGCUCGAAAGCAGGGCUUCACAAACUUCAGUGAGCUCACUGUUCACCUGGGCUCUUGUUAAAUGCAGAUUCUGAUUCAGUGCAUCCAGAGCUGGGUCUGAAAUUGCAUUUCUAUCUUGCUCCCAGGCCACACUGACACGUGUGAACUAGCGAGAGCCUAAUAGAGCUAAGUAGCAAGAGUCUAAAUAGAUCCGCCAUGAAUCCUGGGUCCUAGAUGUCCAGAUUCUAAAUUUAAAAAUAAUAAUAACAUUGGGGCGCCUGGGUGGCUCAGUCAGUUAAGCGUCCGACUUUAGCUCAGGUCAUGAUCUCAUGGUUAGUGAGUUCGAGCCCUGCAUCAGACCCUGCUUCAGAUUCUGUGUCUCCCUCUCUCUCUGCCCCUCCCCUGCUUGUUCUCUCUCUCUCUCUCUCUCUCUCAAAAAUGAAUAAACAUUAAAAGAUAAUAAUAAUAAUAUAAUAACAUCUAACAUGCUUAAAUGGUACUACAUGGCAGGCGUUGUUCUUACAUAUACAGCUCAUUUAAUACUUAUGAUAACCUAAUGAAGUAGGAAGAUUAUUAGCCCCAUUUUAGAGGAGCAAACUGAGGCCUAAAGAGGUUGAGUUGCCUGGGGCCAUCCAUGUAGGGGCUGGAAUUUUAUCCCAGAAGUCUGGCUGCUACAUAGAGUCUAAGCUGCUGUAUUCCUCGACCCUCUAAAUAGUUUGUGUGUUUGUUUUCAGCGCUCUGGCUGGGUUUCCUGCAGCUUCCACCAAGUUUGUCUGAGUAAGCACUAGCAAGCUCCAGAUGUGUGGUAUACGGACCAGAUCUGAAAAUCAGGGCGGGGGUGGACCCAGACACCCCCACGCUGAACAUGCACCCCAGGUGAUUCGAUUAAGUUGCAAUGUUUAAGAACUUCUGCCCUAAGUUUGAGUAUGGAGUCUGGCUGGGAAGGAAAACCCUUGAAACACCAGGGUUAAAUCUUGCUAGAAGAAGUGCCACUCAGUCUCUGGCGGCCCAAACAGGAAAGAUUGGGGAAGAUCUAGCCUGUGAGCUCCUCUGGGCUUCUGCCCCUCCCUGAUGACUCAUUCAUUGCGCACACACACACACACACAAGCACACGCACACGCACGCACUCACACUCACUCAUUCACACAUACAUACACAUCCUGCUAAUGCCUCCAUCAGCACAGAUGGUGACCACAGACAUGCAAACCUGGGUUCACCCCAUGCUUUUCUGGUCUCAGGGCCUGGGGGGUCAUGCAGGGGCCCCUGGAUGUGCCCUGGAGCCCAGCCCCCUCCGUAUCAGGCAAUCUCUGUUUUCCUGGGCUCUUGCCAAGAGACUCGUAUGCCCAGACAAUCCCUGCAGCUCAGCCUUCCCCCAUCUACCAUGCUGUGGUCAGGCCAUGCAAAUGUUUGAAAUGGAGCAUGAUUCAGCAAAAGUGGUAGCAGGGAUUGGGUGGGGAGGAAAGGUGGGAGAUCUUAGAGAUGGCCCAGUCAGUACAGUGAGCUCUCAGCUCAGGUAAGCGGGCUCAGGGACCCCACUUUGGGCUGCAAGGAAGCAGCAUUUGGCACAGUGAAAAGCCACCGACUGUAAUCAAUACCCCUGCCUUCUUACACUAUGCACUUACAGAACACCUACUGCCUAGAUAGCAUUGUGUCAGGGAAUAGGGAAGAGAAAAUACACAGAUGAUAUGCCCUGCCCUCAAGGAGCUCACUGUCUAAUAGGGGGACAGAAACGGGUACAGAAAUAAUUAGAAUCCAAAGCAAAAGACAUAAGUGAUAUGACAGAGGCAAGCCGUGUGCCACAGAGAUUUAGCAUGGAGAAGAAUGGCUCCAAGCUGGGGGAUCAGGGAAGGCUUCAUUUGAAUGGGUCUGGAAGGAGAGGGAGGGUUGUGACAAGUGGAGCCAGAGAUGGGAGUGGGGCCGCAGAGCACCUACAGGGAGGAAACAGCAAGAACAAAGGCAAAGAACUGGGAAAGGGGCAGCAUAUGUUUCAUUUAUUCAUUCAACAAACAUUGAUGGAAUACCUAGAGUGCCAGAGAGCAGGACGCACGGAGAGGCAGGGUUCUAUCUUAAUGGCGCUUCCAGUCUGGAAAGGAGCUAUGACACAAGCUAGGGAGCAAACAAGCAAAUGGAGCAGUGUGCAGUCCAAGCUGGCAAAAAUGAAGGACUGGGCAGGGGGGCUGAGGAGCCCGCUUCCAGUGAGCCCCACCAAGAGUUGCUCCCUGAGCACUGCAUCCAGUGACAGAGUCUCUGGAUCAGCGCUGGACAGUCCUCAAAUGUGUCCCUGCCCUCUGAGGCCCCCAAAUGCUGUGCUUUCCAGCCCAAACCUCUUUGCCAUUGUCCGUCCACCAUUUGCUCACAUCCCCUGAGAGGGAGAUGCCUGGAGCAGUGUGUGCCACCCCACCAGGGAGUGAAGGACACGGCUGGAAGCCUCCCGCCUGCUCCUAAAGACCCUCGCCUCCCACGACAGCAGCCGUCAUGGGCGCCCAAGCUCGUUCCCCAAGCCCCAGCCAACUCUUGGUGAUAGCCCUCCUGACCACACCCUAUACAUAGGGCCUCUCUUCUGGGAGACACAGUGGCCAGCGGGGCAAGGCAGAAAUGUACUAGAAGUGUGAGCUGGGCCUGGACAGCUGCAGUUCUGCGCGAGAAGGGGAAGACAGCAGGAGGUUUAGGCCAGGACUUUGGCUUGACCCUGCAGGUAACUGGACAUGAAAGGCAAGUGUGUACAAAAGCAAGGUCAGGAGGAAGGACAUGGCAGUGAUGUUUGAAGCUGCAGGAAUGGGGAGGCCCAGCAAGAGAGAGGCUUAAGUGAGAAGAGGAAGGACCAAGACCUGUAGAGCUUUGGAGGAGAAAGAGGAACAAUCACGGGCGAAGAGUCCAGAAGGAUGCCAGGGAGGCAUGAAUUCCAAGACAGGGGGAGGAGAAGCAAUAAAUUCUGAGCUUCAGAGAGACCCAGG